AUUUCAUAUGCUUUAAAAAUUUUGAAAAUACUGUGUCUCUUUUUUGCGUUUUUGUGUGCCAUACUCAUGAGACUAAAUUUACAUAAACGUAUUCGGUGGUUGAAAGGUGAUAUGCCAUUGGUGAUUAGUUAUUGGAGAGUAACAGCAACAUGUUUGCUUUCUGUGAAGUGAAAUUGAUAAAUUUUGCCCUGAGGCAUAAAGUAUUUAUCAUUGCCAUGAACGGGAAACUUUCUCCAUGGAGUCUUUCUCUUCCUUGCCAUCAGAGAGUUUCAAUGGUGAAAAUUGAAGAGAGGCUUUGGGGUAGAAAAAAAAAGAAAAGAAAAAUUGAGAGAGAGAAACUUUUUGCUUGCGGGAAACUCAAGCACGAACACAUCGUUAUUUUUCUUUUUUUAUAUCCGUAAAUUUUUUGGUGCAAGAGAAAGUGGAACAACACCUUUAUUUUUCUAUAUAGCUCUCACAUAUAUAUACUUAUAUAUUCACCCAUCAGUGUUUUCUGUGUAUUGCUUCGCUCUUCAGCGCGUUCCUUCGUGUGUGCAUUUCUUCUCUUUUCAAUCGUGUGUCUAUUUUUCUCUGUCCAUCGUUUCUUUCUUUCAUCUUCGUCAUUCAAGCUCUACUUUUCCCCUCCUCGUCGACACAUAUGAGGAGACUUAGAUGAGCUGAUUUGUGGACCAGUGUGUUCAGUGUUCACUGCAGACUCGAGUCGAGUGGUUGACCAAGUUGAGAAAGAAGAAGAAAAAAUUUUUAAGGUGUGAAAAUGGCCAAGAUUUCGCUUCUGGUUUUCCUGGCUGUGGUGAUCUGCUGCCUGAUGGUGUUGGUGGCUGGUAGACCUCAGGAUUUGCCUGCUGAUGGAGCUUACGAUGAUGAAGGCCAAGGUCUCAGGCAGGAAAGGGACUCAUUGUAUGCUUCCAAGAGCUACAAGCCCUCCAGCUACGGGAAAUAUCCUCCAGUUGGACCUGUCCGCACUUUUGUCAAGACCGACUACAACGGAAACUUCAAAUGGGGCGUGAGACACAUUGCUGGUAAAGGAUACGGUCGCAAGUGAAGCCCUGGGAAUGCGUGAACAAACAGUGACAUCUAUACUCUCCAAUGUUCAAACCUGCAGUCGAACUCCGAACGUUUCGCGACAGAGGACGCUUCUAACCCGGAAAAAUUGGCAGUAGUUAAUAUAAGCAGUAUUCAAACAGAAAUAAAAUAUUAAACGCAAAUCUCCAUAAAAGCCGUGUGGAAUUGAAAAAAAAAGAAUUGCAGAAGUACCACGGUGGAAUUCUAGUCAGUUGAACCAUUGCGUUUUUGUUUGACUUAUUGUUUUGUUUGUGGCUCCUUUUUUUUGUUUCAAUAAAGCUGAAGAAAAAUAAAAAAGCUCUUCAAAAACUC